AUGACGUCCAUCUUUGACGCGGCCAAGGGAGCUCAGAAGCUCUUCCUCGUAAGCAGCAAGGCAGCGCCGCCUGCGAUCUCGACGUGGGCCACUGCGAAGGGCAUCGAGAGCACGGUUGCGGGCGGUCUCGAUACGUCCUUCUUCCCGACGCUCACAACGCAGGAGCUUGGGCGCCACGUGCUCUACGCCGAGACGCUGCCCUCGACGCAAACGCUUCUGCAAGCGUCGACGCUGGAGCUGCGCCCGCUCGCGCCGGAGGAUUUCCGCCUCGUGUGCUGGACGCCACUGCAAUCGACGGGCCGUGGCCGCGGCGCCAACACGUGGGUCGCGCCUGAGGGCUGCCUCACCUUUUCGUACCAGAGCUUCUUCACGGACGGUCAGAGCCUUCCGUUCGUGCAGUACCUUGUGUCGCUCGCCGUCGUGCGCACCGCGCAGCAUUUCGGCGCGUCGCGUGUUGCGAUCAAGUGGCCCAACGACAUUUACGUCGAUGGCAUGAAGAUCGCCGGCGUCUUGUGCCAGUCCGAGUACUUUCAGGGCCGCUUCUGCCUCACGACAGGCAUUGGCUUCAACAUUAGCAACCCCGAGCCCACAACGUGCUUGAACAAGCUCGUGGGCAAUGCCGUGACGCGGGAGGCAUUCAUGGCGGCGUAUUGCAACGUUUACGAGCCGAUGGAAGCCGAGUUCCGGCGCACGGGCUUUGCGUCGUUUGAGCAGGACUACACCAACCAUUGGCUCCACACGAACCAGCUCGUCAAGGUCCAAGGCGAUCGCCCUGGCGAGCCGGAGAUGGCGGCCACGAUCCAAGGGCUGUCGCCAUCGGGAUGCCUCCUUGCGACAAGCGACAGCGGACAGCGCUAUGAGCUAUACCCGGAUGGCAAUUCGUUUGACUUUUUCAAGGGUUUACUCAAGCGCAAGGUCUAA